AUGUCUGAAGUGUAUGUCCACGAGCCGUCGACGCGCGGCAAGGUGGUUUUGCACACGUCGCUGGGAGACUUGGAUGUCGAGCUCUGGGCCCGCGAGUGCCCUAUUGCAUGCAGGAACUUUGUCCAGCUUUGUCUAGAGGGCUACUACGCAAACACGAUCUUCCACCGGGUUGUGAAAGACUUUAUCGUCCAGGGAGGCGAUCCGACGGGCACGGGACGGGGAGGCGCGGACACGACUUUCGACGGGAAGCCGUUCGAUGUCGAGACGCAUCCCCGCCUGAAAUUCCGCUAUCGAGGUUUGUUCGGCGUCGCGAACUUGGGACGUUCCAAGGAGAACGAGAAAGACGAGCGCGGCCGUAGCCUGGGGACGAACGGAAACCAGUUCUUCAUCACGCUCGCGCGCGCAGAUGUGCUCAACAAUGCGUACACGCUAUUUGGGAAAAUCAGUGGACAUACACUGUACAAUUUGAUGAAGUUCAACGACCUCGAAGUCGGCAAGGAAGAUCGCCCUCUGAAUCCGCCCUUCAUCAAAAGCGUGGAUGUUCUCUGGAAUCCGUUCGACGACAUCGUGCCGCGCAGACUGCCAGACCUUCCUGGGGCGAAGGACGCGGCCGAGCGCGACCGGAGAAAACGGGCGCGAGAUGUACGUACACCCGGAGGCCGGUUGAGUGGCGCAGAUGGGAAAGAGCUCGACGAGGAAGUGGAGGCGAGGGAGAAGUUGCGGAAGGCGGACAAGAAACUGCUUUCUUUUGGCGACGAGGACGGGGACACCCACGCGUCCGACACUGGGAAAAAACUCAGUGCUCACGACCUCCUGGACGAUCCCCAUCUCCUCCGAGACGCGCCACACACAGACGAGAGAGAAGAAAGAGAAGACGAAGAAGAAGAGCAAGAGUGGAGUGCAGAACGAAGAUCGAGGGGCGCCCGAACCAAUACUGUCGCGGGCGUUCGUGCCCGCCUCGCUGCGCUGUCGUCUCGCGGCGGGGAGCACGCGCCUGAAGGCACGUGGAGCGAGAGGAGAGGCAGGAGAAGCCGAGAAGAAGGAAGUUCUCCCUCUCCCGACAGCGACAGUGAGGAAGAGGCAGAAAGAUCGAGUCGAGGGCGACGCCGAGACAGCGAAAAACCCGACGACAGGCGACACGUGGAGGCUCUUCGGCUGCGAAGUGGAGUUGGAAGUGCACUCCGCGGAUCGCACGCCGAUCGCGAGAAAAUGGAGAACAGCGAUCUAAUGACGGAGGCAGAGAAGCGGAGACAACUUUUUCUUCUCAAGAAGAAAGACAAAGGAGACAAAAAACGGCAAGAAGCCACAAUGCAGAAACUCGACUUGUUCACUGCUCAGCUGCGCCGCCUCCGGGCACCAGCGGCUGCGUCGCCUCUUGGCACAGCUGAGCCAGCGUCAAACCGCGUGUCCCCCGCUGCUUCACCUCGCCACUCCAGCCGCGCGGGAGAAGACAAGAGGUCGAAAGGGGAGGCAGGCACGCUGAACGCGCUCCUGCCCGAUUUAGACGAGGAAGUCGACGAAAGCGACGGGUCGUGGCUUAAUACCGGCGGCCUCAAAUUCGCGGUGGACAGCGCCCGGGCGUACGAACUGGAUGAGGCGCGUGCUGCGGCCUCAGUCGUCGUGUUUGAUCCUCUCAAGGGUCUCAGUGACGAAGUGAAGCGAAAACGUGCAGAAAACAGGAGGAGAGAACAAGGCCGAAUCAACGAGAACGGCAUGCGGGAUGUGCCGAAAUGGUGA